CCGGGCGCCGCCAUCUUGGGUUCGUUCUGCACACCACACAGUGAAUGGGUAGAUAUGAAAUUACCACAGGCGAGCAGCAACAGCAGUACGGUACGAAGGACCGUUCGGGGCUGCCAGCCGGACGCUGGGGACGAUAAAGCCGGCUCCUCCGUCCGUCGUCGCCUAGAGAAAAGCUACGGGCUUGGCCUUUCACUAUCGCCGACCCCUAAACUCCGCUCCUGGGGGGGCCAAAGUUGGUGUGCGUCGCGCCGCCCGGGAGACGAGAGGGUCAGAGCCUGCAGCAGUUUCCUCAGAGCAAGGAGUGAGCUGGGGACAGAGCUAGGGGAGGGGGAGAAGAGGGGAUUCCCCUCCCCUCUUUCCAACCCUCUGCCCAGGGCUUGCCUGGUACGUGGUGUGGGAGGCACAAGGAGAAUGCAGUAAGAGUUCACCAGGCUUUCAACCCCUACCCAUUGGGGGUUUUUUCUUCCUAAGACAGCAAAAGUUGGACUGAGUGGAAGAUUGUCCAGGUUUCUCUCUUCUAACCACGUUGGGGGCAGGGAGAAAAAUGUAUCCGUGAGGAGUUGGGAGAGGGGUGUGCAUCAAAGAGAAGAGCCACAAGUCCUGCUCACAGGAGAAAGAAAGCUGUCACCAGCCCGGUAAACACGGAGCUACUGGCCACAUCCAAUCAUGUGUAUAUAAUAUUGAUACCCUCUCCACCUCCAUAGAAGCGGAAUUCUCCUAGAAACACAGCAAUCAAGGAAGAAGAGACUUGCCACGAGCCCAUACAUCACCCUCCUCCCCAGCGGCUGGAGACUGCAUUUUUUUCAGUCAUUCUUCACUGUUUAAACACCAAAUAUAGUCUCUUGGAGGGAAUUCUUAAAGGAGUUUGAAAUUCUGUGUAGAGGCAAGAAUGUCUGAAAUGUACAGCCUGUGUUGAACGGACAAGGAGAGGAUCGUGGAAGUGGGAGGGAGGUGGGGGGAGAGAAGGGGAAACGUGCGGCUUUCUUUGACUGCAGGGAAGCCCAGAGAUUUACCUUUGUGGAACUGUAAAGGCUUGUUUGUUAUAAAGCUGUUGUUUCUCUCCCCGUCCUUCUGGUCACUACAUCUCCCAGCAUUAUUAAAGUAAACGUUAAUGCUGACCACGUGUGGCAGGUAACUUAUUUUAGACAAUUUUAUAAAGAAACUGACAAGUUUACUAUUCUCUCUAUCAGUGGCUUACUUGUUUUUGAGUUUUGAAACGGAGAUGGAACUACUUGCUCAAACACUACAUGUAUAACGGGAGUGAGGCCGAAAAUAUAUUGUUUACUAAUUUCAGUACAACUUGCCCGGUCCAACACGACGAGGGAUACUUUACAGAGCUUGACGUGGGAAAAAAGCUGAACUGUGCUCUGAGACUCGGUUCUUUUCCUAAAAGACGGUUUCCGCUGUUGACUUUUUAUGGAUUUUUAACCUUUUUUUUUCCCUCCUGAAUUGCAUUUUUCCACCAUUUGUACAGAAGCCAAAUGACACGUGUAUUUUGAAAUGCGUCUCCAAACAUAUACACCCCUGUAUCGGGGAUCUCACUAGAAGGAGCUGGAGGGGUCGUCAGUAUCUAAAUAAGUCUGAUUUUGUUUUGUGAACACUCUAAACUCCAAAUAUGUUGACUUAGAUUGCUUUAUAACGGUUAAAUUUAAAGGUGGGAUUUUUCUAUUUGGAAGAACCAGGAAACAAGACAGUAGAAACACCACCUAUAUGUUCUAACUGUAUUUCGAAAAUGGGAGCUGCUACCAAGCUGGCGUUCGCUGUGUUUCUGAUCUCUUGUUCGUCGGGUGCCAUACUAGGCAGAUCGGAAACACAGGAGUGCAUCUACUAUAAUGCUAAUUGGGAAAAGGAUAAAACAAAUCGCAGUGGCAUUGAACCUUGUUAUGGCGAUAAAGAUAAAAGACGACACUGUUUUGCUACAUGGAAGAAUAUUUCUGGAUCAAUUGAUAUUGUGAAACAAGGUUGUUGGCUGGAUGAUAUCAACUGUUAUGAUAGGACUGAUUGUAUAGAAAAGAAAGACAGCCCUGACGUGUUCUUCUGUUGCUGUGAAGGCAACAUGUGUAAUGAACGUUUUUUCUAUUUUCCAGAGAUGGAAGUAACACAGCCCACUUCCAAUCCUGUUACACCUAAACCACCCUUGUUCAAUACCCUGCUUUACUCGUUGGUGCCUAUAAUGGGAAUUGCGGUGAUCGUAUUGUUUUCAUUUUGGAUGUACAGACAUCAUAAACUAGCAUAUCCUCCAGUACUUGUACCAACCCAACACGCCUUUCAUAUAAUGAUUGAGGACCCUGGCCCACCACCACCUUCACCCUUGAUGGGUCUGAAGCCUCUGCAAUUGUUAGAGAUAAAAGCUAGGGGAAGAUUUGGUUGUGUCUGGAAAGCUCAGUUGCUUAAUGAGUAUGUUGCUGUCAAAAUAUUCCCAAUCCAGGACAAACAGUCAUGGCAAAAUGAGUAUGAAAUUUACAGCUUGCCUGGAAUGAAGCAUGAAAAUAUCUUACAAUUCAUUGGUGCAGAGAAACGAGGCACCAGCAUUGAUGUAGAUCUGUGGUUAAUUACAGCAUUUCAUGAAAAGGGUUCAUUAACUGACUUUCUCAAGGCAAAUGUGGUUUCUUGGAAUGAGCUGUGUCAUAUUGCCGAAACUAUGGCUAGAGGUUUGGCUUACCUUCAUGAGGAUAUACCAGGUCUGAAAGAUGGACAUAAACCUGCUAUAUCCCAUAGGGACAUCAAAAGCAAGAAUGUGCUGUUGAAAAACAACCUUACAGCUUGUAUUGCUGAUUUUGGUCUAGCUUUAAAGUUUGAGGCUGGAAAGUCUGCAGGUGACACACAUGGACAGGUUGGUACACGAAGGUAUAUGGCUCCAGAAGUAUUAGAAGGUGCGAUAAACUUCCAAAGGGAUGCAUUUCUGAGAAUAGAUAUGUAUGCCAUGGGAUUAGUCCUGUGGGAACUGGCAUCCCGAUGUACUGCGUCAGAUGGACCAGUGGAUGAGUACAUGUUGCCAUUUGAAGAGGAAAUUGGCCAGCAUCCAUCCCUUGAAGACAUGCAGGAAGUUGUAGUGCACAAAAAGAAGAGGCCUGUUUUAAGAGAGUGCUGGCAGAAACAUGCUGGAAUGGCAAUGCUCUGUGAAACAAUAGAAGAAUGUUGGGAUCAUGAUGCAGAAGCCAGGUUAUCAGCUGGCUGCGUAGAAGAACGGAUUAUUCAGAUGCAAAGACUGACUAACAUUAUAACAACAGAGGACAUUGUGACAGUGGUCACAAUGGUGACAAAUGUUGACUUUCCUCCCAAAGAAUCCAGUCUAUGAUAUUGCACUGGUUAUGCAUUCUGACCAACAGGAUUCUGAACUGGAGCUGCUAAAGCUAAUGAGACUGAUUACGGUUGUUACUUUCUGUGUGAAAUGAGGAAUGGUAAGUUUUUUUGGGAAUGUCAAUAAGGAGACUUUUUUUCCAAACAUGAAUACAUGAGACUUUACUGCAUUCCCGUCCUGAAGGACGUUGACCUGAGAAGUGGCAAAAUAUUGUUAAGGAACUUAAAUGAAGAAUAUGGACCUAUCUGGGCUAAUCAAGUGUUUUAAAAACUGACAUCAGAUUUCUUAAUAUCUGUCAGAAGAGACUAAUUCCUUAAAUGAACUACUGCUAUUUUUUUUAAAUCAAACAUUUCAUUUCAGAUUUUAAAAAAGGGUAACUUGUUUUUAUUGCAUUUGCUGUUGUGUUUAUAUAAAUGACUAUUGUAAUGCCAAUAUGACACAGCUUGUGAAUGUUUAGUGUGCUGCUGUUAUAUGUAUAUAAACAAAAGUAAUCAAGUGGGAUAUAGCAAAGAGGCUUCCAAGCAUUACUUUAACCUCCCUCAACAAGGUAUACCUCAGUUCCAAGUCUGCUAAAUUAUGAGAUUGACAACACUAACAAUUUGAAUAAUAAAUUGAUCCAUGUUUUGUAAAUGCUGUAUUACAAAUUCACUGUUAUUUAAAAAAGGGUAAGCUAUGCUUCAUGCCAAGAGUAAAUGGCCAUUCCUAAAGCAGUGUUUUUAGCCCUUUCUUGUGCUAGCUUGUGUAUAAAAAGUGCUGGGUUUGAAACAAAACUUUCUUCCUGUUUUUAGUUUAAAGCUUAUCUCACGUUCAGUUCCCAAAAUAUUGCAUACAUUUUAUUUUUACUAUUUAGGUUUGCUGUGUCUGAGGAAUAUUUGAGCAUGACUUUUUUUAAUUUUAUGUGAGCUAUGACACUGGAAAGCUCUUAAUUCUUAUUCUUUCUAAAGAAGGCUUUUUCCUAUUUAUGUAUGUAAAAAGUUCUGCAUAGUGUACUUUGUUUCACUAACAGUAUGCAGUGUGUUCUGUAUCACUGUUUCAGGAUCACCUCAGGAAGCUUAAUUACCCGGAACUCCUCACUCUCUCUGCUUUGAGAUUUGCAACUUCUCUACACUUAAGCUUGGUGCCAUCUUGUCAGAGUGAUAUUUGAUGUCUGUGAUGCAUAGGUUCAUCCUGGAGUCAUGUUAAAAAUGAUAGCCACAGACUUCUGAUGUAACUGCUUAAAAAUAUUCAGGGAUAACUUUAGUUAUUAUGCUAUAAUUUCAAAUAUGCAAUGACUAUUUAGAGGUAACUAAUACCAACAUAGGUAGCACAGUCUAGCAAAAAAUAAUAAAAUUGCUUUCACAGCUGACUCCAACAUUAUUUUAGGGUUUAGGAGAUCAUGCCUUAUAUACUAUGUAAUGUAAAAAACCUGAAUUGACUGUAGGUGCCAAAGUGCUUUUCAAAAUUAAUAUUACAUUAGUUAUUUGAUCCUUUACAUUUAUACAGAUCAAAGUAAAAAAAUUAACUUUCUAAAGUACUCAAGUACUGAACCAACAAUAGCCAGUAUUAUGCUAUGUAUUUUGUCAGGUCAUUUUUUUUUUUUUUAAAUCAUGCAUCAGAUUUUUAAGGAAGUUUUUAAUGUCACAAUCAGGAGCUCACUGUGAAUGUUAUCUUUAAACAGUUAUUUGUAAAAACCACAGAAUACACUCAAUUUUACAUAUAAUAUGCACUUAAUCUCUGGGAACAAUACAAUUAUUUAUAAACAAGACCUAGGUUACCAUAUUCUAAGCAGGGAGGGGGAAGAAGGGUAAUAGUAACGUUCAUGCAUAACAUACCACUCAAUUCUGUUCUGCUUGCUGUUUUUCACUCUUAUUCCUAGGGUUUCAUGGUAGCCAUAAGAAUCCCUGCUUUAAUGGGUUAUUGGUACUGGUAGAGCAACUUGCUCAUUUUGUUUAUAAAACAAACUACUCAUGCACCCAUUUUCUUGAUCUGGAUUUUCAUUUUGCUUCCACCUUCAGUGCAGGGAUCUUAAACGUACAUCAAGUGAUCAUGGCUAAAGAGAUAUGAACAAAACCAGUCAUAUUUUACUGAAAAACUUGUAUUGCUUUCUGAAGUUUAAACCCCAACACUGGCAAAAGUAGGAGGAACAGCAUGGAUGAUAUAAGGAUCAGUUAUUCAAGAUUCAAUGCAGAAGUCAUACCUAGCUACGGACAUAUGUCAGUAUGAGCCUUGCAUCCUGCAUGCAUGAUCCUUGAACUUUUUGCUGGUAUGGGCCCUGGUGGCCAUGCUGUUUGGGGGCGCCUUUGGUGUUGCUAGUGCACUUUGUGUUUGCAAGUGAUGUAGGUGAAUCACAAAGCCUGACAAUUUAAUGGGAUGAUAUUUAUUUUCAUAGAAAUCCCCACAGGUGUGAAUAUUGUACUAACUGUAUUUUCUGGAUUUUUUUCUUCUUUUUUUUUUUAAAACAGCAUAGUAUAGUAUCACACCCAAAAGGAUGUUCAUGGUAAAAGUGUUUUUAUAAUUGGUGGAAUAACUAAACUUUGAGCUGUUCUUAUACACAAGACUUCUGUUUUGCAGGGCAUUUUAACCUGUGUGUGUUCCACUUAUAGUACAGUAAAUAUAGAUGUGUAAGUUAAAAUGCUUGAGCCAGACUCAUGAAUGAGGAUAAGAAUAAAUAAGAACUAAGCUAGUGAAAAUAUUCUGGCAUUACUUACUAGCAGAAGUAGUGACCGUUGUCCCUCUUUGUACUUACAGCAUGUGUGGUGGUGUAUAUGUACAUGUAUGGUCUAUUCCAGUGGUUCACCCUGUAUUUUGGCUUGUGAAGAAAAGUCAGUCCCUUGGCUCUCACUUCCAACUUGUUGGCUUUGCCUGUCUAUUUAAAUGAUUGCUGUAUAACUGCCACAGGACUGAUGGAUUAGCCAGUUUUUGGCUUUACUGGAAGUCCAAGCCCUGCAUUUUUUAGUUUGUGUUAGCUACUAGGAAAUUUUUAUAUCACAUGAUGCAUGACUACUCUUUGUACACCUACUACAUGUACCUUAGCAUUUCAGAAGAAACUGUGUCUCAAUUGUUGGAGUUACUGAACUAGCACUGUCAUUCAUGGUGACGUUCUGAAACAAUAAAUCAGGAUUGAAAUUCACCAUUUUUUAUCUAUUUGAAAUAGCAAAAUUCAUGUAGAGUAGCUUUUAAAGAGUCUUGGAAUUCCAGCUAAAAUGUAAGCAGUAACAGGAGUGAAUAUUUCUUGUUUGUACCAGGUUUCAACAGCAUUGCUGAUUAUAGUUUAACAAGUGGGAUUACCAGUUUCAUCUUUUUCCAAUUUCUCUUUUUAACUUCUAAUGCAUUUAUUUUUAUUAGGAACAUUUGGUACAAAGUGCAGAAAGCUAUAUGCAGGUUUAUGGGCAAAAUGAUACAAGUAGCAUCCUUGAUGGAACAUCAUUUACCUCAGAUAUUCAACCAGCAGUACUAUUUUUUUUUAAGCAGUCUCAGUUCAUAUAUUAUUCGUUACCUCUCAAGAUAUUGGUAAGCAAUUAUUUUAGCUUUACUCUCUGUAUUUGUCUGUUUUGGGCACAGGUUGUUGUACUACUGUCAGAUUAUACUUGCUAUUUUUCUGCAAGUAUCAAAAACAAAAACCCCAGCCCAGGAUAAAAGUGAUUGUUAAAUAUUGUACAAAUAAAAAUGUAUGCUCUUUCUGCCCCUACCCCAAAAGUUAAAUAAAAAAAAAGUGACUACUGUA